AUGUAUGAACCGUACCUAAACCGGGAGAAACAAUAUCUGAAGAUGAAUGCUGAACUGGACAGUCGCUUCAAAGAAAUUGAUCCGAUGAAAAGUGACAAAGUAGACAUAAUUAAACCGAGACUUAAUGUGUUUGGAAAUGGAUCAAAAGUUAACAAUCAGGGUACGAAGUCUGUGGUUCAUGCUUCGAAACAAAAAAGAAACGAUACAAAAAGCUCAGCUGCAGCUAGCUCUAUGAUCGAUAUGACGUCUGUAAAUGUGAAUCCAAACAACAGUGACACUGUAACAUUGUUUAAAAAUAAGGGUACAUUUGACGAUAAGCCGCAAAAGUUAAAGGCGCUUUCUACCGAAGAAAAAAUGUCUAAGAGAAAACCAAUAGAUAUCCCAGACAAGAGCAUUACAUCUUGUGAAGUUUACCAAAGCCAAGGCCAAGUGGAGCCUAUGAAUAACACGAAAAACAAUGCAGUAAUUGCGUCUCCGACAACUAAUGACACAACAACGAAAAAGAACUUGAGCUCGGAUGGUCUAAUAAAGUUUCUAAAAUCGAAAGUGGCGAUUUUAAAACAAGAAUUGGAACAAAGUCAACAAGAAAAUGUUAAAAACAUUCGGGCUUACGAAGGUAGUGUUGAGUCGAGUAAAAAAUUCGCUGCACAAAUCGAUCAACUAACAAAUGAGAACACAUCUCUUAAAACACAAGUUGAAAAAUUGCAGAAUUGGAACAAUACUCUUGAAGCUGUUAUGAAGGAAAAAGAUGUCGAUCUGGCCACGUUAAACAAGGAAAUCGUUGUCUUAAAGAAGCAAAACAAGGAAGUCAACCGUUUGCAUAGUGUCUUGGAUAAACGUUUCUUAAAAUGUCAGGAAGAUUUGGAACACCUUAAGAAAAACUUAGUACUUUCUCAAGACUGCGAACGUCAGCAACGGGCUGUUAACCAGCAACAGAAAAAUUUCUUUGAAGAUCAGAUCAAAGUAAUGAGCAAACAACGUACGGGUCUAAUUUCAGCUUACAAAAAGCAAUUACUUUUAUUGGAUAAUCUAAAGCGACAAAAUCUGUGCUUGGAACAAUCGAAGUUGCUUCAACUUGCUGAGAAAGAUUUCAUGAAAAUUUUGGACUGGAAUAGUGAUCAAUGA